AGAAAAAUUCUAUGGUUUUUACCACCGCGUAUGGUCGGAUUUGGAUUUGUGUGCGUUUUCCUUUUUCCGUGCUGUGAACUCAUUAUUUUGAGUAAUUCACAUGGUUUUUAACAAAUACUAAUAAUUCUUUAAAUUCGAUACAAUAGCAGUGUGCAAUCUGAUUAACUACCAUGUGUAAGCUAGGAAUUUGAUAAAUAGUGUGACGUGAUAGUGCAGUUUUGGAGGUAAAAUGCCUGCUUCAAUUUGUGACCCAGUAUCAAGCGCAUUGCGUUUAUCUCUUACGGCAGAAGAAUCGCAAGGGUCAUCUUUGUUAGAUAGCAGACUUUAUUCUUCAGCUAAAAGUGUUCUUCUAUCCAAGAUUGAAUUCGAAGAAUCUGGGGAUUAUCAAAGUAAUGUCCUCGAUGGUUUGAAAUCUAAGUACGUGGUAAUUCGACCUAAAAAGCCAGUGAUCGACAAUAAAAUCCUUAAAAAAGAUGUUAAUUCAGUCAAUCAAUCUACAGAUAGUAAAAAUGGAGAAGAAGGUCUACCAAAGGCCAAGCGGGUAUUCUUCCCUGUUGAGAAGGUGCAGUUGGGGUGGCAGAGUGCUUGGGCCGCAGGGGCUGGCAUGCAGAAUGUUGGCAACACUUGUUACCUUAACUCCACAUUGCAAGCACUUUUUCAUGUGCCUGCAUUUGCCAACUGGUUAGUUUCUGAAGCGGCUCAUGCAGAAAAAUGUAAUCAACAAGAAGCCUGUGUCAUAUGUGGAAUGCGUGCCACAUUGAUGGCAACUCAAAAAAGUGGUGGUGCACCCAUCAAACCAUGGCAAGUGUACUCUAAGUUGAGGCUUAUAUGUAGACACUUAACACCCGGGCGUCAAGAAGAUGCCCAUGAAUUUCUAAGGUACCUUGUUGAAGCUAUGGAAAAGAGCUACUUGUCUAGAUUUAUAAACGCUGACAAGCUAGAUCAGUACAGUAAGGAGACAACACCACUCAAUCAAAUCCUGGGAGGGUACCUGAGGUCUACAGUUCGGUGUCUUGCCUGCCAUCAUUUGUCCACAACCUAUCAGCAUUUUGAAGACUUGUUAUUGGAUAUAAGGAAGCACUCAACCUUGGACGAAGCAUUAGAUUCUUUCUUCUCAAGGGAGCGGUUAGAGGACCUUGGGUAUAAAUGUGAAGCAUGCAAUAAGAAGGUUUCUGCUACAAAACAGUUCUUCGUAGAGCGUGCACCAAUGGUACUUUGCAUUGCUCUGAAGAGGUUUUCACUUGCCGGCGGCAAGCUAUCUAAACAUGUGCAGUUCCGAAAGAAAAUUAAUUUGAACAAAUAUAUGUAUAAUAAAAAUAGUCCUCAACAACUUUCUUACAAAUUGGUGAGUAUGGUGACACACUUGGGACCUUCACAAAAUUGUGGUCACUACACUGCAAUAGGUCAAGCUCCUAAUAGUAAUUACUAUCAAUUUGACGACAGCUGUGUCAGACCACUGCCCUUGUCGGCAGUGCUGGGCACCAAUGCCUACAUCAUGUUCUUUGAGAAAGACAACACUAUGGAGGACUGCUCUAUACCUAUUGCAUCCACUUCGAAUGUUGUCUAUGGACCACAACUCCCUAACAAUAUACUCAAUAGAGAAAAGAGUCCUUUGAAAUUAUCACUUUAUAAAAAUGAUGAGAAAAAGCCGAUAAUAUUAAACAGUUGCACAUCAGAAACAGCUAAACCUGACGUCAAACCUAUCCUAUUAAAUUCAACACUGAGCAAGUCACUAGAAAUGAACAGCUCAGUUUCCGAACCGUGGGUAGUAAAACAGAAUGGAGACGUAGAAAAAGUGAAACAAGCACCGAAAGUACUUAACGUUAUAGAGAAAUUAAACCAUAAAGUAGAGGACGAGAAAAAGAUAACAUUUGUGAUAAAAAAGCAAGGUGACGAGUGCCUUAUUCAGCCUAAACUAAUAAAAAGUGAUUCAGAUGUUAGAUCUAUCACCGUUUGCCCUAAGCCGCUUCAAGAGAAGUGUGCAACAGCCAGCAAACUUGUGAAACCGUUGAAGUCGCCUUUAGAGAAGUUGGAAGAACAAAUGAAUAAGAGCGACAGUUCCUCGGCUCACAUUCAAAGACCUGGAAAUUCUUCGUCGAAGCUGGUGCCGUAUGACUCCGAGUCGAGCAGUGACGAGCGCUGUGAAGACAAAUGCAAAAAAGAUGAGACUCGGAAACCAAAGCCUAGUCGUUGCGAUUCACCCCAAGGUCUUAUUGUAACCACAAAAGCGAUGCACCACGCCUGGACUGUGUCAAAAGAAAAAAGUGGUCCACUUUUAAGCCCUAGCUUAAAUGGGGAUACCAUUAAAAAGAUCAAAGACAAGGAGGAGAGGAAGGGGGAGAACGAGGAGAGUCCAAACACGAGCGUGAGCAGCAUGUCCCCGCUGAGCGACCGCAGCGAGCCCGCGCCGCCCGCGCCGCCGCCGCCGCCGCCCGCUCGCCUGGAGACGGCGCGACACCUGCAGGGACUGUCGCACCGCGGCUACGGCGCGCCUGUCGCGUCGUGGAACGGCACGCACAGCGCCAUGUCGCGACAGGUGUUUGAAGAGAGGCGUGACGAGCGCAAGCGCGCGCACGAGGCAACGGACGACAUGGACCGAGGGCGCGUUAAGAAAAUGAAGAAGUUCCACCAUUACAAUCGUUUCAAUAACAAUAGGAACGCAUAUAAUCCUUUCCAGGACAAACAAAACAAGCUGCACUGGGGUGGCAACUUUAAGUACAGAGGCGAGCGCCGCCCCAACCACCACUUCAAUAAACACCAAGCGAAUAGCAACAAAUACAAGCGCUUCAACAGGUACAACAAUGGUCACCAUUAUCCACGGCACCAUUGACCCUGGCCGGUCAACGACUGCUUGUCAGUGUAUAUAGAUGAAUGGACAUUGAUUACUACGGUAACACUUUAAUAUUAGUUUAGGGUAAUUGUGGUUAAUUAUGUGUUGUGGACGACUAUGCCCUGUUAACUCCACUGCGACCAUAAUGACCACAAAUAAAUUUGUUAUAGUGAAAUGUAGUGACUAUAAAAAUUAUUACACAUUAUAUAUGAUGUACUGUCAGCCUUUAUUAUACUAUAGUGUACUAUUAUUGUAUAAAUAUAUUGUUUGAAUACAAAGACAGUAAUGCAUUAUACUCUUGUUCUAAGAUCCGGCAUUAGAAAUAUAUACCCUCAUCUGUUAUUCAUUAGUGCUAUGAAGUAACUGAGAUAAUAUUCACAAUGAGGCAUUGCAAAUAGGUUGCCUAGUUAAAUUGCGGCCAAAGACAUUUUUCAUACAACAUCUAGGAAACAAUGAACUAGAUAAAAGACAAGUUAAUACAGUAAACUUAAGCAUAAAAUAAGCUUUCAUUUAACAUAUUAGACGACUAAAUAACUGAUAAGAGUAUUUGUAUAACAUUAAUUAAUUGCUUAUAUCUGGCAACCCCACAGUGUGAAAGCAGGCAACCUUUACGUUUUCAAUUCGGUUGGGUGCCUAUAUCCUUUUAACUAGUGUAUUAUUAUUAAUUAAGCAAAGAGGAAAGUGGAUUAAAUAAAUUCAAUAAAAAAGUAAUCAUUUAAUACUCACCGGGCGCAGUUUUAUUUAGACAUUUGCAAUGUGUCAAUUUUUUUUCUAUCAUUUAUUUCUUAUCCCAAAUAAAUAACAGAUGAAGGUAUAUAUUCUUUAUGCCGGAUCUGGUACUAUAUGAUGUACUGUCAGCCUUUAUUAAACUAUAGUGUAUAAAUACAAAGACAGUAAUGCACUAUCUAUAAUCUAUUUCAACAGCAGCUAUACAAAGGAUAGUUCAUUUUUCAUACUGGCAAGCUAGGAAUUAUACAAUUACAAAAAUCAAUUUCGAGAUUUUUUUAUCUAUGGUAAUUUUAAUGUAAAACAUGAAUUAAUGUUAUUAUUUUUUUAACUGCAUUAAUUCUGUUGUGAUUUUUUAAAUUUGUUUUUUAUUUAAAUGUUACUUAAUUUUAUCUAUAUCUAUACUUCUAAUAAAACUGUAACAUGUAAAAUUCUGUACAUUGAAGAUAUUUUGAAAAUUUUAAUUGGAGGUCAUUAUAUAAUCAAUACUGAAGCCAAAAAUAUUUUUCGAUUUUUUGUCUGUCUGUCUAUAUUUUUUGUUAACCGGGCAUCACGAAACUACUGAAUUAAUCCAAAUGAAACUUAGCAUGGUUUGGGACUAUAACACGGAGAAGGUUAUAGGAUACUUUUUAUUGCGAAAAUAAAAUAAGAAGGGGUGAAAUUGGGGUUGAAACUUGUAUGAAAAGUUCUCAUUUUAGGAGUUACAGUUUUAAAAUUUAUUAAUAAAUCAUGAAAAAUAAGACGAAAUAUAAUGUGAUUCAAGAACUUUUAAAAUUCAAGACUAAAAGUGGUGAAAUAGGGGUUGAUAGUUUACAUUGAUUUCCACGCGGACGAAGUCGCGGGUAUCCGUUAGUUAUAAAAUAAAACAAUUCAAAAUAAUACCUCUAUAUUUUUUUACAUUAUUGAGGUUUUUGGCUUUGAAUAAAACCUUUUGAAGACUUUUCAGUUAAACAUUUCUUUGUAUAGCGAUUAUUGAAAUGGACAUUAGUAAUUAAAAUUAUUAGAUAAUAGUUAGACUGAAUAAAAAUUACGAUUUACCUAUAAUAUGAGUAACUUGCAGUUAGGUGUAUAUUCGGUUCUAUGUGUAACAGAAUUCCUAUAAAACCUAAUUAUUGUUCUGGUGUAUUUACUAUUUUUUCUUGGUUCCUUUAAAUUGUUUGCAUUUAAAUUUAUUGCAUGCGUACAUUCUCCAUUACUAUAGAUUAUUAUCAUUCAUUCACUAUCAUUCAAUCACUCUCACUGAGCGAAUGAAUGAUAUUCAAAGUUACUAAUCCCAUUGUAGCAGUAUUUUUUUUUAAAUUUCAUAAUCAGUGAUUUCUAAAAUUAAUUCUCAUAUAUAUUUUUUUAAAUAUCUAAUAAUAAUUUUUAAAAUACCAAUCAAAAUUAUGAUGAAGAAAUGCCAAUUUCUUUUUUAUAACAAAUUUUAAUGUGUGUGUGAUCUAUAGCCGCACGUAUAACCGAUUUCUGGCGUGGCGACGCGUCGCCACGCUAUAUGAUGGUAUGUAUAUAUACAGUCUAUAUGCAGUAGUGCGUACGGUGUGGCGACGCGUCGCCAUGCGCAAUUGACUGUGCCAGGCGUCCCGUGACGGCACCAUAAUUUGGUAAAUAGUUUAAAUACCGAAAGUGCAUUUGCAAUUUUCAGUGCAUAAUUAAGAAGAUUAACUAUUCAGCUUAAUUACAUAAAACUAUAAUUAUAAAUAUGAAUUAAGAUGUAAUAUAAUUUUAAUAACUUUUAGAUAAUUAUUAUAGUGCAUACAAAUACACUAAUAUCGACGGCUCAAUACAUAGUAUUUUUUAGGUAUCAGUUAUUUUGUCGUCUUUUAUUAUUGCGUGUAAAGUUUCACCAUACUUCGUGUAAGUUAUUACUGGGCACCUAAUACAUACACGGUGUUUGUACAAUGCCCAUGAAGCUAACAACAUAUUGUUGCAAUGAAAAGUGACAGAUAUCGUGCAUUUAUUCAUAGGAGGUGCCAAGUAAAAAUAAUUGAGAUAUUUUUGUUUUAAAACACUCAAACGAAAGAGAGAUAUCCUUAGGGCGUAUUCACGUAGAAAGCAGGUUGUCUGCGUCUGUCUCAUUGACCUCCUAUAAUAAAAGGACGCACAAUCAUGUAGAAAAUUUCACUUAAAAACUGGCCAAUUUUGCUUUGACAGUAUUAGAAUUAUUGGUAAAGAAAAUUAUACCUAAAGGCUUUUAAAUAUAGUCCAAUAUUCAAUAAAAUCCCAAAUUCAGAGCAAAUUUUACCUCUAGGAUUGAUUUUAUGGUUGAAUUUGCAAACGCGACUACUUAAAUAGAGUGCCAAGAAGUUAUGUUUGGCACUCAUUCAUUUAGUGGGGACGUUUUUUGGUCGCUGAUUGUGCAUCCACUUUUUAAUAGGAGAUCGAUGGUCUAUCUACCAAGUACCAGCGCUUAUCGGUACCAGGGUUGCCAACUCGACUAUUAAACAUGUAGGUAAAUCUCCCUCGAAAAGUUGCUAGAUAUACAGUUUUUUUUUUACCUCAAAAAGUAGCUAGAUGUAGCCAAGGAAAAAAAGAACAGACUUACAACAGUAUUCACCGGAUGACAUUUUUACCUGUAAUCUCGAUUUUGAUCAGUUACUAACGUAAGCAUUACUAACAAUAGCUAGUUGGUAAUCGGUAAAGGACAAUGGGCAAAAGCGAUAUCGCUGAACUGUUAUAAAUCGAAGUUAUGUUACAAGUUUUUCAUGAAUAUAAUUCAUUUUUUAAAUUAUAAAUGUAACUUUCAUUUAUAAGAUACUAGCGGACGCCCGCGACUUCGUCCGCGUAAAUUUCGAUGUCAACUUUACUACUACCCCUGCCCUACCCUACCCCUACCCCUACCCUACCCCAACCCUACCCUACCCAACCCCUACAUCUACCCUACCCUACCCCUACCCCCACCCUACCCCAAACCUACCCCUACCCUGCCCCUACCUUCCUACAAACUACCCCCAUCCUACCCCUACCCUCCCCGUACCUUAUCCCUUUCCUACCCCUAUCCCACCCGUAUCCCUAUCUCACGCCUAUCCUACCCCUGCCCUACCACUUCCCUAUCCUACCCGUAUCUCUACCCUACCACUACCCUACCUCUACCCCUAUCCUACCACUACCCUAAACCCGGCCCUAAACCCGGCCCUAAACCUACCCUACCCCUACACUACCCCUACGCUUCCCUACCCGUACCCUACCCUACCCUGUAACUUCUCUAUCUUACUCCUACCCUUAGCAAAAUCGGUCCAGUCCUUCGAGAGUGGUGGCAUGCCCAAGAGAAAUAGAGACUUCUAUGCUAAUAAUAUAAAGAGGUAAAGUUCGUGUGGUUGUAGGAGGUAAUCUCUGGAUCUACUGGACCGAUUUGGAAAAUUGUUUUACCAAUAGAAAGCUACGUUAUUUGCGAAUGUCAUAGGCUAUGUUUGAUCCCCAUAUUCACACGGGAACGGGAACUACGUAAUUGAAAGCGCCGGGCGUUAUAUAGCGGAAUUUCUGGGUCUUUUAGAAAUUUUGUAUUAUCUCCGAAACUAUUUAAGUAAUUAACAUACUGUAAAGAGCAAAUCUUAUCUCCAUAAUAUCCUUGUGAUUAUUAAAUAAUUUAUUUUAAUAAGGAUUAAAGUUUAGUUGUAUAAAUAAUAACGUAAACCUAAGUAUAUAAAAUUCAUAAUUUUUAAAACACAAAAGGUACUAUAUCUGCUAAUAUAUAGAAGAUAGAUAUAUGGUGUCGCGGACUUUUUUGUAGAACUUUUAAAGAUACAUAAAGUCUCUAUACAUUAAUUUCAAUUUUACACAAUAGUUAAGGCAGCGCAUGCGAAUAAGUCUGUUUAAGAGGAUUUUCAGUCCGACCUGUAUGACAAAAACUGAGAUAACUCGGCUAAUAUAUAUGAUACCAAUAUAAAAUAUAGCCUAUAGCACUCCCCGAUAAUGUAGCAUUCUACUGGUGAAAGAAUUUUUAAAAUCGGACCAGUAGUUCCGAAGAUUACCCCAUUUAAAAAAUGUGACAAACUUACAAACUUACAAACUUACAAACUUUACCUCUUUAUAAUAUUAGUAUAGAUCACGAAAACGUCGUCAAUAAAAACGAAUUAAUAUAAAAUACUAUUUUGUCUUUCUUUCUUUUUCUUCGAAUGUUAUAGUAAUUUUUACUUACAUUACACAUGUACGAAACGCCACUGCUUUUUCAAUACAGACAACCUGUUUUUUAUGUGAAUACGUCCUUAGAGACGAUAGAUUCAAGUGUGUUCAACAAAGUGCGUUCAAAUAAAGCCUGUGAAGUUUUGCGCACGAUGCCUUCAAACCUUGCGUGUUGCACUGCCAAAUACGUUUUCGAAAAAAAAAAUAACCAAUUAUAGGAUAUAUUGAGAAACAAAUAGUAUGUAGUUACAUUUUUAAAUUGUGUUAUUUUGCCCUCUGGAUUCUUUUUAUACCAUGUAUAUAUCUAGGAUUUACUUGAAUAUUAUAUAGCAUAUACAGGAUGCUCGGGAGUUUUUCCCAUAACUUCAAGGUGUUAACGAGUCCACUUAUAGGAGUCGAACUGCAUAACUUAUAUAUUUUUAACUAAAAAAUAUAUUUAUAUAUUUAUAUAUUUAUAGGAUGCGUAUAUGGGACACAUUUUAAGAUCUACUAAUAAAAGAAAUAUUAUUUACCCCGAAAAUAUGGAUUUUAGAACAAAUUACUUCCUUGAACAUUUGUAACUAGUUUUAGGUUAAGAAUAUAACGCCAGAGUUGUGGGAAAUACUCCCAAGCACCCUGUAUAACGCUGCAUAUGUAUAUAUGACAAUUCAGUUUGACAAAAAACCCAGGACACACAGGGCAGGACGUUUUUUGGCUUAUUUUGUAAGACGAGUAGUAUGCUCCAACAUUAAAUAGGCAUUUAUGUGUAGUUUGAGUUAGACAUGGUUAUGUUUUUGUUAAGAGUAUGAAGUUAUAUAGUUUUUAAUUUUUUUUAACACAAAUAGGUUUUCGUUUAAAACACCAAGUGUUCUAAGCAAUAAAUAAUAUUACACUAAAUAUUAUCUAAUACAUUAAACGUAAGCAGUGACUUGAAACGACUUUUUAUUUUGUACAUAUUCGUAAUUAGUGAAGUCCGUUGCAAGCAAUUUGUAAAAAUAUUCAUUAACCUACGAUUGGUGGUUACUUUACCACAAUAACGAGAUUUUUUUUUAACUUUUAUUUUUAAAAGUCCAAUAGUUUAGGUAUAGUUAUUCGAUUUCGCGAAGUUUUGGCUUUCGAUUCACAAAAAUAAAUAGUUUGUAAAUUCAGGGAGAGGCGUGUGACAUCGACACCCGUUUACUCAAAAACUAAAGCUUAGCAAGACAUUUUACAGUUUUGCUAACGUUUCUCAGUAUGUGUGUAUGAACGCACCUACACUAUUACAAUCAAAGCCGUCUUCCGAAAAUAGAAUAUCUGAUACGAAAUGUAUAAAAUAGUGUACUUGGUAAUGUAUUAGUUAGUUUUAAACUUCCCGCUUUCUUAAGUAGGGGAAGAUAUUGAUUUCACUCAGUUUUUCGAUAGAGUCGAGAUCGAAAAUGGAGUUUUUUUUUUUUCAUCGUUUUAUGCAUGAGCAAUGAGCAUCCAAUACCUCAGUUUGUCGUAGAAGACAUAGUGAUCUAAGGCAAAACAUGUAUUUUUACAAUAGUAGUGGCACCGGGAGACAGCCUCGCAAUUUUGGGCUGUUUUACAUUGUUUAUGAGCAUUUAUAGUGUUUGCAUUCGAUAAAAGAAUUUAUAUAUUUAUAUGACAUUUUAGUAGUAUUUUAUUUUUUUUAAUUUGAAAAAAACUUGGUCUAAUAAAGGUCUCCACAGACAUAUCGGAAUUCCGAUUAGAGUAGGGUGAAAAAUAAAUAAUCUGUCAUUUAUUUAUACCUGUAAACCUAAUCGCUUGAGGGUUUUAGCGUUAUCGCAGCAUUCAUCUACCAGAAUUACACCCGCCCUGCAGUAUUUUCUUUUACUUGGUAUUACUGGACUUCGAUAUCUAAUUUCAGACAAUUACGUUUUCUCUCUUAAAUCCUACGUACCUAUAGCAUGCAUGCUAAAGAGUCCGUUCUCAACACAAGGCGUAUUGCGCAGUGUACAAAAACAUAUUACAACGGGGCUAUAUGCGUUAUGCAACGUCAGAUCGGACUAGAAGUUUGGCGUAAACUAUACUCAGAGCCACAAUUAUCCGCCCACUUUAAUAUACUCUAUCAUACUAAAGUGGGCGGAUAAUUGUGCCUCUGAGUAUAUAAUAACUAGAAACUCCUAUUGUGUUAUAUAAUAUGUCGAUGGAAACAGGAACAUGGAACAGGCGGAAAUGCAAUUCACCCUGUUAUAUUGGUGGACUUAUUUCAGUAUCAGAAAACGAUCUGAUAUGUCUGAAUGGACCUUAAAUGAACCACGUUAUAUCACGAUAACCACACAGCCAAAUUUUGUAUGACAUGUUCUGUUAAAAUUAAGCCUGUUGUCGAUUCGCACUUUAUCCUAAAAUAGUUAAAUAUACUAUACUGAUUAUUUUACAUUAAUAAGGUAGUUCUUUUGUUGUUUUUUUUUCAAAGAAACUUAUUACAUAAUAUCAUAAAAUAUAUAGUUUGCUAAAUUUAACAAACUGCAGCAAUAUAGACAAUGAAAUUUAAAAACAUUUUAUGCAUAAAAUUGAUAUUCUAUAUACAAACGUGAAAAAGUGCGAAUCGGUGUUGAUGAAUGUGAUUGAUUUUGUUAUGCUGGCUUUAUGUUCGUGUACAGUUUAUUCAUAUGAAACUAUUGACUAUGCCGUGCUGUUCCAGGUAGUGAGAUUAGCUCCCAUUCGCUUUCGCGAGAGCUUUUUUAACGGACGUUAAAAAAGCGUUCAAAUACAUCAAAUGCAUUUUCAAGUACGAUAGCGUUUUUAAAAAAUAACGCUUUUUUUCGAGUAGUGUUGCAUUUUCAAUUUUAUAUUUAAACGCUUUUUAACGUCCGUUAAAAAAACUCGCGAAUGAGGGCUUAGUGGUGGCUAAAGAGUCAAUGGUUUCACAAAGGAUUCCACGAGUUCUUAGUAUCACUGAAAUGUGUGUUACGUAUGUUACGCCAGCUACACACGGUCAAGUUUACCGUCCAGUCCACGUCCACUUAAAGAAGUGGUCAGUGAAAAAAAUAUCCAAAUAUGGCUAUGGAUAGUGUGUAACUGCCGUUAACAUCGAUAUUUGCGUACAGUCGAAGCGUCGCGACGUGUUUUUCACGUUGUAUUAGGUACAUUGAAAUCGAUCUCGAUUUAUUAACGUUCUAAGGGAUUCUUAACGUUCUAAAGGGUUCUAAGGGAUUCAAAGAUUAGUGGAAAAUAAUGUCGCAGUCCAUCUUAUGAAUAUCGAAGUACCUACCUAUACCUACCUAGGUAGGUAAUCAAAAAUAUAAUAGAUAAUUUUUUUCGUAUAGGUAAGUAGGUAAAAAUACACGAUUGUUUUUAGUAGUAGGUAUUUAAUAAUGCUGCGCUGUCAUUUUGCUAUCAAUUUUAUAGCAUAUAUACCUAGUACUGUUCAGCAAAUGGAAUACUAUGUAUCAAACAAAGGCAAAUUAGAUGAAAAUCAGGGGCAAGACCCUAGAUUGACGGACGGACAAACAGACUAACGGACAACAAAGUGAUGUUAUUAAGGGUUCCGUUUCAGUUUUAAACGACUUGUAAGUACAUGUCCCGACUUCCGACGCUUCGCUUCGACUGCGCCAAUGUGAAUGGACUCUAAAGAUAGGCGUUCACGUAUCCGCAUCGUAAAUAGGAAUCGGACGCAUCUCACUAAACUGAGUUUUAUCAAUACGGUAGAUAUACGUGCGAUUCGUACGAUGCGGGUCAGUGGACGCACUUGUAUGACUUUCUAUACAAAGAAUACUACGACGUUUGAUUUGGUGCGUCGGAUAUGUAAACGCCUACCAUUAGUGUUAUUUUAUGGUAUGUCUUAUUUAUUUGGCCGGCUUUUGUAUCUUUUUUCUACAGACUAUUUUAUCAAGAGAAUAAUGUAUCUAUUGUAUAAGAAUAAAAAUUAACGCCUUAUUAAGAACUUGAGUAAAUUUUCAAUAUACCUAACUAUAAAAACAGUGAAGAGCGUCAAAAUAAACACAAGCCAUUGUACAUUAUAA